CGCCGCGGUCCCACGGUGCGGGAGCAGGACGCCGAGCUGUGGCCAUUGCCUCGUCGCCUCGCGGGCUCCAGGAAGAUGCCCCGCUUCGCCCUGACCGUUAUUCGACAUGGCGAAACCAGAUUUAACAAGGAGAAAAUACUGCAAGGACAAGGAAUAGACGAGCCCCUUUCAGAGACGGGGUUCCAACAAGCAGCGGCUGCGGGGCUGUUCCUCCACAAGGUGAAGUUUACACAUGCGUUCUCCAGCGACCUCAUCCGGACAAAGCAGACCAUGCACGGGAUUUUGGAGAAGAGUAAAUUUUGCAAGGACAUGACUGUAACGUAUGAUUCCAGACUUCGAGAAAGGAAAUACGGGAUUGCAGAAGGCAAGGUGCUGACUGAGCUAAGGGCAUUGGCCAAAGCGGCUCGGGAAGAAAUUCCCAUGUUCACCCCGCCGGGCGGAGAGACGUUAGACCAGGUGAAACGGCGUGGAAAAGACUUUUUUUCGUUUCUCUGUCAGCUGGUCCUGAAAGAAGCAGGCCAAGAAGAACGGCCUUCCCAAGAAGCACCCGGCAGCUCCCUGGAAUCCUCUCUGACAGAAGUGUUUCCUCUGGGGACAAGCCCCGGUGGCUGUGACGAUGUCCCAGGACUAGUCGCCAGUGUCCUGGUCGUGAGCCACGGAGCGUACAUGAAAACCCUGUUCGGUUAUUUUCUGUCGGACCUCAAGUGCUCCCUCCCGACAACCCUGAGCAAAUCCGAGCUGGUUUCCGUCAGCCCCAACACAGGGAUGAGCCUCUUCAUCGUAAGUUUUGAGGACGACGCAGAAGGAGUUACCCCAACGGUCGAGUGUGUGUGCAUGAACCGGCUGGACCAUCUAAGUGGAAAGGCCGAAACCCGCUGCUCGGUGUAAGCGGAUGUCACUGUGGAGCCUCUGGGAAGGGUGCGGGGCGCUUCCGCGCUCCGCUCUGCUAGUGCAGAUUUGCAAACGGUUAAAAAGCUUUCUACCCUAUAACCAGUUAUAAAACUCAACAUGGAACCUGAAGCGAUAACGGAAAGCCAUUUAGAACUUCUUUUGUCUGAACACAGUUGGCCUCUUCCCGGGUCGUUUACCACCCCGCCAAGGCGCGUCUCUGGAUUGUAAGCGGACACAGGAACUCCCCAUUGCAAGAUGGGAGACUGCGAACAGCCGUGCCUGACCAGUCUGUAGCCUCUUGUGUUGGCUCUUGAUCAGACACUGUGUGUCUUUAUUCUCUCACACAGUGUUGGGAAGAGGGAACUGUUUACCCUGUGGUUUCUUCACAAACUUGAAGGUCUGUCCUCUAAAUGCUCAAUCCCUUCCCACCACAAGUGUCUGCAAAAUCAAAUGACACUAAAGUAUUUUCUGUAGAAACCAACUGUUGGAUUUUUUUUCCCCAUUUCUGGAAGGACUGAAAUGGGGGGUCAAUAAUACAUGUGGAUCACAGGAUGCCCCAGUGAGGCAACGUGUGACAAAAAAAGGUAGAGAGGGAAUCUGAGUGGGAGGGUCGGAACAACUCUUCAGUAGUACCAGCACGCCUCCUGAUCCCCGGAAGUGGCUUCUGAUCGCACCUGAAGGCAGCUAUAAAGAAAGAGUCGCAGUAGUAGCCUCAGUCACAGAGGACGCGUGGACUGUCCCUUUUCGCCACCAGAGGGCACCAGAAGAACCCAAUUUUGAUACUUCAUUUUGUAACCAAGACCAGUCCUUUCAAAACCUGUUUCUCUAAAUAAAAUGCUCUACAUGCGGUGGGCCUUGUAGUAGUGCCAAUGAGCACUGCCUCACCUUGUAAGAAACUGAACACAGACUUUACUUUGAGCCUGGGGAACCCACAGGUCGUUUGCUGCUGUCCCGUUGAUCAGUGGUCUGGCACUAUACCCCCUGUCUCCCACCAGGAUCGGAAUAGGGCAAAUGGAAACUUGAAGAAGGAAAAAAAACCCCCGAGAAACCAUUCUCAACUUCUUUUCAACAAACAAACUAUGACGAUGUAAAUAAAGCCACUUCCAAGCAGUCA